AUGAUGAAGUUGCUAAGGCCAAGGACUUACAUCAAUGAUGUAGAGUUCAAGCGUGCUUUCCUUGAUGGUAGGGCGUCCAUAAACAUCAUUACUAUUAACACCUUUGCAAAGGCUGGUAUCCUAGAGUCCAGAUUGGUUCGCCAACCCAUCAUUGAAAUGGGUUUUGGUGGUGACAAAAAAGUUACUAGGGGCCAUGUUGUCGUGGACUUAGCAGUUGGCGAGAUACGUUCUGCAACUAAGUUCCAUGUGAUUGAAGCAGACACAAAUUACCAUAUGAUACUUGGCAAAGCUUGGAUGCACCGAUAUGGGGCUAUCCCAUCAAGUUAUCACCAAUGCAUAAAGGCAAAGUUGGGAAAGCGCACAGUGACCAUAAAUGCAUCUGAAAAGCCAUUACAAGUGGAAGAGGCAUAA